UGCCAAAGCUUCAUUUAUUUACCUAUUGUGCAAGAUAGGCGGACUGAAAUGCAAGUUCGAUGGGUAGCUUUUAUUCACAAUGUUAUUGCGCUACAAACGCUCGUUAAAUGUAAAUUACAAAAUGUGAUGGAGCCUGGGACCAUCUCUUGUCUCACAGAAAGUUAUUUUGGGCAAGGGCGCACGCAGGUCAUGUUUCUUCGUGAGGAAAGAGGCUUGCUCCUGUACGUCACACUUUGGUCCGAGGAUAUGCGUCUACUGGCAUGCCAAGUAAUGAGCAACCCACUGGUCAUAGAAAACUACAGGGCGUCUUACAACAGGAGCAGUGGUGAGAAUGAACCGCUCUAUCAAAGAUUUAACCUAAGCGUUGUACUGUCUCCCAAUGCACCGUGCGGCAAGACUGAUGCUCCCAAAGGUGAGCGCAGCCGCGCAGGAGGAGAGGCAAAGGGCAGAACAAAACGCUCCUGGCUUUUCCCGGGUACUCUGUGGUGUGGAUCUGGAAGCAAAGCACUUGGGUAUGAUGAACUUGGCAUGUUUGAGGGUGCAGACAGAUGCUGUCGUGAGCAUGAUCACUGCCCACACAUCAUUCCUGGUUUCACUGUGGAUUACGGAGUCUUCAAUCCAAACUUUUUCUCUGUCUCUCACUGUGACUGCGACCAGAGGUUUCGACAGUGUCUCCUGGAUGUGAAUGACACCAUAUCUAGUAUGGUGCACUACAGCUUUUUCAAAAUUCUAAAAGUCCCAUGCAUUGAGCUCAAACUACAAACGAGAUGCACUGAGAUGUACUGGUGGGGAAUGUGCAAAGUCACACAAGAGGCACCGUAUGCCAUCUUUAAAAGACCUAUUUAUUAUAACACCUCUUUUACAAGCAAAUACAAAAAGAGUGAUAGCAGCAAGUCAGCUGUUAGUGAGGGGCAUCAAUUGACUGAAGUCCAUGAGACUGAGCCAUCCAAAAAGAAGCCAAGACAAGAGGAAAAAUGUCUUUCUAAGGACCCACCCAGAGGAGACACUUUCGUUCACAAGAAAACAAAUGGGUGCAGACAGAAAAGUGGAAAGCUUUCCACUGUGGCUCCAUACCUUCACACUACUUUACUUAACACAGACAUCUCUAAAACAAAGGCACUGAAGACUUUGUCUUUUCACAGAGGAGUGGGUAAAAACACAAAUCCUUAUCUGAGAGCACCAUCUACCACUCCAACCACUACAUCAUCACAAAGACCAGCCAGCAAGCUCUCCAAAGCCAAAGCAACAACAACCAAAAGUGUCACAGGGAAAACACUACAGAAAGUGCUUCUGUUCCAAAACAAAGCACCUCUGACUUCAACUGUCCCAGCUGUAACAUCUACAAAGGGCUCACUUACAACAAAAUGGAUGUUCAUAACAAACCUGCCCAAAAGUCAGACAAGAUCACAAAAAACAAAGUCAAGUGGUUUCUCCUUUUGGAGGACUUAA